UUUUUAAUUUAUCUGAUUUUCCACCCGUGGAUAAGAUCCGAGAGGAGCCGGGAGGGUGGUGGCUGUGGUUUGGGCUGGGGGGGUGCUGAGAAGCCCGGUCCCGGCGGGGAGGAGGCGAUGCAGACGCCGCUGGAGCAGCGCGCAAAGGGAGCGCAACGCCGGCCGCAUCCAACUCCCCUGCAGCGCAGGAUGAAGCCUCUGGCAUCCUGCCUGGGCCUGUGGCUCCUCUUCCAGCUCCCUGCCCUGGGCUCCGGGACACGUGCGGUCUACAAGGUGCGGGAGGAGCAGCCUCCCAACACCCUCAUAGGGAGCCUGGCCUCCGACUACGGCCUCCCAGACGUGGGGCACCUCUACAAGCUGGAGGUGGGGGCCCCGUACCUCCGCGUGGACGGCAAGACCGGGGACAUCUACACCACGGAGACCUCCAUCGACAGGGAGAGCCUGCGGGAGUGCCAGCACCUGCUGCCCGGCCAGCCCUGCUACCUGGAGUUCGAGGUCUCCAUCACCGACCUGAUCCUGACCAGCGGCCCGCGCCUGCUGGAGGGGCAGAUCGAGGUGUUGGACAUCAACGACAACACCCCCAACUUCGCCUCGCCCGUGCUCACCCUCUCCAUCCCCGAGAACACCAACGUCGGGACGCUCUUCCCCAUCCCCGUGGCCACGGACCGCGACUCGGGCGCCAACGGCGUCGCCUCCUACGAGCUGACGGCCGGGCCGGAGGCGCAGGAGCUCUUCGGGCUGCAGGUGGCGGAGGAUCAGGACGAGAAGCAGCCUCAGCUGAUCGUCAUGGGCAACCUGGACAGGGAGCAGUGGGACUCCUAUGACCUGACCAUCAAGGUGCAGGACGGGGGCAACCCGCCGCGGGCCAGCAGCGCCCUGCUGCGCAUCACCAUCCUGGACAUGAACGACAACGCCCCCAAGUUCGAGAAGGCUCUCUACGAGGCUGAGCUCUCUGAAAACAGCCCCGUGGGGCACUCUGUCCUCCAGGUGAAAGCCAAUGACUCAGACCAAGGGGCCAACGCAGAGAUUGACUACUCCUUCCAUCAAGCCUCGGACAUGGUGCGGCGGCUGCUGCGGCUGGACCGCGCCACGGGGCUGAUCACCGUGCAGGGCCCCAUCGACCGCGAGGAUGUCAACAUGCUCAAGUUCUCCGUCCUGGCCAAGGACAAGGGCGCCAACCCCAAGAGCGCCCGUGCCCAGGUGGUGGUCAACAUCAAGGACAUGAACGACAACGCGCCCUCCAUCGAGAUCCGGGGCAUCGGCCUGGUCACCCACCAGGACGGCAUGGCCAACAUCUCGGAGGACGUGCCGGUGAAGACGGCGGUGGCCCUGGUGCAGGUGUCCGACCGGGACGAGGGUGAGAACGCGGCGGUGACCUGCGUGGUGGCCGGCGACGUCCCCUUCCAGCUGCAGCAGGCCAGCGAGACGGGCAGCGACAGCAAGAAGAAAUACUUCCUGCAGACCACCACCCCGCUGGACUACGAGGCGGUGAAGGAGUACACCAUCGAGAUCGUGGCGGUGGACUCGGGGAACCCUCCCCUCUCCAGCACCAACUCCCUGAAAGUGCAGGUGGUGGACGUCAACGACAACGCGCCCGUCUUCAGCCAGAGCUACACCGAGGUGGCCUUCCCCGAGAACAACGAGCCCGACGACCUGGUGAUGGAGGUGAGCGCCACCGACGCCGACAGCGGCUCCAACGCCCAGCUGGUGUACUCCCUGCUCACCGACCCCUCCUCCAAGGGCUCCUUCAGCAUCGACCCCGACUCCGGGGAGAUCCGGGUGAAGGCGGUGCUGGACCGGGAACAGCGGGAGCGCUACGAGUUCUCGGUGGUGGCGGCGGACAAGGGCAGCCCCAGCCUGAAGGGCACGGCCUCCGUGGCCAUCAACGUCAUGGACCGGAACGACAACGACCCCAAGUUCAUGCUGAGCGGCUACAACUUCUCGGUGAUGGAGAACAUGCCGCCCCUCAGCCCCGUGGGCAUGGUGACGGUGAUCGACGCCGACAAGGGGGAGAACGCCCGCAUCCAGCUGUCGGUGGAGCAAGACAACGGCGACUUCGUCAUCCAGAACGGCACCGGCACCAUCCUCUCCAGCAUCUCCUUCGACCGGGAGCAGCAGAGCACCUACACCUUCCGCCUCAAGGCGGUGGACGGCGGGGACCCUCCGAGGUCUGCCUACGUAGGGGUGACUAUCAACGUCCUGGAUGAGAACGACAACGCCCCCUUCAUCACCUCGCCCUCCAAUGCCACCUACAAACACAUCCUGCCCCACACCAGCCCCGGCCAGCAGGUGAGCAAGGUGAAGGCGGAGGACAUCGACUCCGGCGUCAACGCCGAGCUGACCUACAGCAUCACGGGAGGCAACCCCUUCGAGCUCUUCCAGAUCUCCCCUCAGAGCGGGGACAUCACCCUGGAGAAGGAGAUCCUGCGCAAGCACCACGGCCUGCACCGCCUGGUGGUGCGGGUCAACGACAAGGGCAAGCCCUCGCGGCACGGCACGGCCCUGGUCCACUUCUACGUCAACGAGACGCUGGCCAACCGCACGCUGCUGGACACGCUGGUGGGGCACAGCCUGGACACCCCUCUCGACAUAGACAUCGCCGGGGACCCCGAGUACGAGCGCAGCAAGCAGAGGAGCAACAUCCUCUUCGGGGUCAUCGCCGGCAUCGUGGCCGUCACCUUGGUCAUCGUGCUGGUGGUCCUGGUGCGCUACUGCCGCCAGCGCGAGGCCAAGAGCGGCUACCAGGCGGGCAAGAAGGAGACCAAGGACCUGUACGCCCCCAAGCAGGCCAGCAAGGGUGGGAAGAGCAAGAACAAGGUGAAGAAGAGCAAGUCUCCCAAGCCGCCCAAGCCUGUGGAGGAUGAGGAGGAGACGGGGCUGCAGAAGUCGCUCAAGUUCAACCUGAUGAACGACUCCGUCAGCGACAGCCCCCGAAUCCACCUGCCACUCAACUACCCCCCGGGCAGCCCGGACCUGGGGCGCCACUACCGCUCCAACUCGCCCCUGCCCUCCAUCCAGCUGCAGCCUCAGUCGCCCUCCGCCUCCAAGAAGCACCAAGUGGUGCAGGACCUGCCGGCCACCAACACCUUUGUUGGCACCGGGGACAACAACUCGACGGGCUCCGAGCAGUACUCGGACUACAGCUACCGCACCAACCCCCAGAAAUACACCAACAAGCAGUUACCUCAUCGCCGAGUGACAUUCUCUGCAGCCAGCCAGGCUCAGGACCUGCAGGACCCUUCCCAGCACAGCUACUACGACAGUGGGCUGGAGGAAUCCGAGACCCCCAGCAGCAAGUCCUCGUCGGGGCCCCGCAUCGGGCCGCUGGCCCUGCCCGAGGACCACUACGAGCGCACCACCCCCGACGGCAGCAUCGGGGAGAUGGAGCACCCUGAGAAUGAUCUCCGUCCCCUGCCCGACGUAGCCAUGACCGGGACCUGCACCCGGGAGUGCACCGAGUUCGGCCACUCCGACACCUGCUGGAUGCCAGGGCAGUCCUCCCCCAGCCGCAGGCCCAAGAACGCCCUCAAACUCUCCACUUUUGUGCCUUACCAAGACAGAGGGAGCCAAGAGCAAGUCGGCAACGGCAGCCCCAGGCUCUCGGAAGAGCGCAGCACCAAAAUGGCCAACCUCCGCCUGCUCCCCACGUACAGUGCCUUCUCCAGUAGUAGCCAUGAGCCCUGCAAGGACUCUCCCAUGGAGGAAAUUCCUCUCACCCAGACCUCGGACUUCCAGCCGGCCACCACCCCCUCCUCCCAGACCGCCAAGAGGGAGAUCUACCUGUGAGGCUGGCAGGGUGGUGUGGGGGAGGGGAGAAAAAGAAGAGGAGGGGCAGGGAGCAGAGGAGCUUCUGAGGCCGGUGUCCAGAGGAACAUUUUAACCUUCGAUGCUUUACGGUUCUCCAGGCCAGGUGGGCUCUGCUGCCAGCCAGGGCAGGGCAAAGGCAGGGAUGAGAGGAGCACCCUUUCAUUUUUAACCCCUUGUUUUCCCAGGAGGGGGUGGGGUGGGGGUGGGAAGGAUGAGGGCAUCCGACCCCAACCCCGCCCCGAUCUCUGAGCACUUGCGGGUGCCUGCCUCCGAACUCGCUGCGGCGCCAGGGGAGGGCUUUGGGCAGGGCUCCCGGUGCAGAGGGCACCGCUGGGGAGAGAGAAGGGCUGACGUACCAAAGGUCCACGCAGAGCUGGUGGAGUUCCUGGGGCUUAGGAUUGAGGAGGGGGCUGUGUGUCCUCCCCCCUCCCCUUCCCCCCCCCCCAACACAUGCACAGGGAGUGAGCUGAGCUGCCUGUCUUCUUUUGCUGUAGACACCUGUAAAUAACGACUCUUAGGAAUGACCAUUCAAGUCCUGCCUGAUUGAAAACUUUUCCUUGUCCUCGAAACAAAAGACGUUCAAACCAACAAACAAAACCCGACGACGACGACGAC